AUGCAGCAUUCCAAGCUUGCGAGGCCAGUUGUCUCAUCAUACGAGAGGAGGCAAGAUCCGUUGUCAGCCUGUGGAACUCUAGCGCCAGACGCGAGAGAAGCUAUAGCGGACCAGGAAGGUGGCUUCAAACUCCCUCUAACCUUGCCCGGUUGGCAAGUCGGUGGCUCGAAUCCGCCAUCGUUGGGUCAAGCCGAGUUUCACAAGCUGGUAUCUAUCAUGGAAGCAUAUACCACAUUUCUCUCGAAGCCGCUUACGUUACUUCGAGCUGCGAACAGCACAAGGGCAAUGGAUCGUGCCUCAAAACUGAAAGCCACAUUUGAGCAGAAUUCAUUCGACGAAUUGACCUUGUUCACGACUCGAUUGGUAAAUCUCGGCCACCUCACAGCGAUCAAGUUUCUUCGUGAGAACGUCCCGGUGUGUGCCUGUGCCAAAGCAAAGGCGCUCCAUCAGAUACAACGCUGGAUCCAGGGGACGGGUGCCCUCCCUCCGAGCAAUCUCAUAAGUGCAGUUCUACUGUUGAUUCGGGGGGAUCGUGCCGUCAGAGUUCACUUGAACGGCCUCUCUCGCCUCGUAGACCUACACUAUGGCCCAACGAACCUAGAGCAUAACAUGGACCCGAUUGCUUCAGCCAUCAUUUCGUGCGAUCUCAUCCUUGCCGCCUGUUCCCCCGGAGCUGUACCGAGCUUUGUAUCGAUGGAGAGACCGGCUUUGACUCGCGCUUCUGGUGCCCAAGACGCGGUCUACUACCGCAGCUCGCCUCUGAUGCUUUCCGAGAGCUUCAGUGCACUGCGGCGGAUUUACGUCGACGUUCCCGACUCGUUGACCGAUCUCCUCACUGCUUGUUUUCUAGCCACUAGAGAUCAUGUUACACCAGAUGACCCCUACAGUCUUCCAGAUGAGCUUGACUACUCCGCUGCAACGGCAAGGGUGGAAUUACCACCUGUUGUGUUCGAGGCGUGCCGAUUGGCAGCGGCAAUAUACCUCCGCACCACAACCCGUCGGACGUCAUUCGACGGUGCGGACAACCAGGGAGAUUCUCGCCAACUGGGCGCCCUUUUACAUUCACAGGACAUCUCCUGUUGGCGCGGCAUACCAUACAUCUAUCUCUGGAUUCUCUUGACUGGCGCCGCUGCCGCUCAGGGACACCCCGAAAGGCAGUACUUCAUGGCCGAGCUCGUCAGGUUCGGCUUCAGCGUUGGUCUGGAACAGAUGGAGGAUUUUAAAAGUAAGUUUGAUUAG